AUGGCCACCAGGGCGAACUCGGUUCCUCACCCGACUUUGGUGCAGGGACUGCACAAUCGCUGGCACCCGGACAUACCUGCAGUAGCUACUGUCAAACCAGGAGAGGUCUUCAAGAUUGAAUGCGUUGACUGGACUGGCGCACAAAUCGGAAACAAUGACUUCAGCGAUGAUAUUCGAGAUGUCGACCUCAGCAAGAUCCAUAACCUCUCGGGUCCCAUAGCCGUCGAGGGAGCUGAGCCAGGAGACUGCUUGGUGGUGGAUAUUCUGGAUGUGAGACCAUUUGAUAAAAUGCCUUGGGGAUAUACGGGCAUUUUCGAACUGGAGAACGGGGGUGGCCUGUUCGCGAAAGAGUUCAAGAGUCGUGCUGCGAAAGCGAUCUGGGAUCUCAAGGGUGUCUAUGCCACUUCCCGCCAUAUUCCGGGUGUGAGGUUUGCAGGCGUAUCUCACCCAGGUCUCAUCGGAACGGCGCCUUCUGCAGAACUCCUCGCGACGUGGAACAAGCGAGAGGGUGAGCUCAUAGCCGCCCAUGCCGAUGCGGUUCCUCCUGUCGCCUUCGGCCCCCUUCCCAAAGGCGCAUACGUCGGACAAGACCUUCCUGAGGAGGUCAGGAAGAAGAUUGCAGAGGAAGGUGCUCGCACUAUUCCGGGACGUGAACACGGCGGAAACUGCGAUAUCAAGAACUUGUCGAAGGGAUCUCGUUGCUACUUCCCCGUGUUCGUUCCCGGUGCGAACUUGUCUGUUGGAGACUUGCAUUUCUCGCAGGGUGACAUUUCGUUCUGCGGAGCCAUCGAAAUGGCAUGUGAAAUACUUCGAGCCGGCAUCAUCACAUUCAGCACCAGUAUCAUCAAGGGAGGUGUGGAGAAGUUUGCGAUGAAGCAACCGAUCUUCUUGCCCAGCCCGGUCGACCCGAUGUACUCUGCGAAGCUGGUCUUCGAGGGUAUUAGCGUCGAUUACCAUGGCGACGGCAAACAAUACAACAUGGAUGCGACCGUUGCUUACAAGCAGGCUGCGUUGAACGCUAUCGAGUAUUUGAUGAAGAUUGGAUAUACCCGUGAACAAGCUUAUCUGCUACUCUCUGCCGCACCGGUUGAGAGUCACGUCGGAGCCAUCGUUGAUUCCCCAAACGCUUGCGUCACUCUGGCGUUGCCUCUCGGCAUAUUCGAACAUGAUAUCCUACCCCAAGUGGAUGGACUGGUCAAGAAGAAUUUCGGCCAGGCCGCGAUUAGGUCCGAUGGAGUUGUCUGA